AUGGUUGUGAGAUGGAGUGGUAAGCUGUUGUUCUUUCCAAUUGCUUACGCUGCUGUUUCUGUCAUUGGUAUCACAGCUUAUCUGCAUUCCAAGCUGGACGUUGACGUCACCUUUGGGGCGCCACAUUUAUUUGCCAGAAAGACUCAAAACGAGUGCAAAACGAAUUACCCCUCUGCUGCUUCCACCAACGAAACCUCGUCGUCAUUGGAGCUUUCGACAGCAAAUAAGUAUCAUAUUCUGUGCACAACCUAUCAUACGAGAUGGAAAUGGGGCUCGUAUCAAAUCCGUUGCCGAGACCUCAAAGGUUGGGCCGAUCGAUGCGCUCCCAAUGUCGAGCUUCAUCUCCAUCCGCUGACCAAGGGUGGAAGAAUGACAGAACGCGUGGGCCUUGGAGGCAUUGUGGAUGGUGAAGACAGUUGUCAAGUAUACAAUGCUUCGGUAGGUAUCAAAUGGGUCUUUGAUGAUCCUCAUCCUCGGUUUGGAAAACAAUUUGUGGACGUGGUCGACGAUUACGAUUGCAAAAAGAGACACGUGCCAUCGAAUAUCGAGCUAAUUACCCAAAAUGCCUAUCAUGCCACCGAUGUCUUUCCCUAUCGAAAGUAUCAUGUGGUGGAACACUGGUACAAUAGCUAUCCUGAUGACAUGAUGUCCGAAGAACCUGUCUUUGAAUUACCCACGGUAUCAGAAGCGGACGUGACGAGCAAUGCUCCCUUGAAACUGGCCACUGUCUGGACCAACGACCAUUGGCCUUGUCCCAACAUGACGGAACCUAGAAUGGACGUUGACUACCAAUGCAUCGAUGAAAACUAUUUGAUAGGGGAUUGGCAUUGGAAGUACUUGAACCCUACCAACAAUUCCGAACUCGAGGAACAAUUCAUGACGAUUCUCAACAAUACGGAACAUUUGGGACAUGGACGACUGUAUUACGAACUGUUUUGGACCUUUGACGUCCUCGUAAUUCCCGUCAAACGACAAAAUGUCCCCAAACUGAAAUAUGGUAAUGUUCAACGGGCUGUCAGUCAAAUGCGAAGUGGAGUACCGGUGCUAUUAGAAGUGUACGAAGAAGUCGUCGAAGAUUUCAUGGAGAAAUACAAUUAUACCUGUGCCUUUGUCGAUCGAGAACAUUGGGAUGAAAACAAUGACCCCAACAAAGAAAAGUAUUGGUCCUUUGACCAAGCCGUCAAGGCCAUGAUAAGUCCUGCACUGCGGCGACAAUGCCAAGAAGAAGGUCUAAGAAUUGCCAAGGACUUUUCACCAAGUCAAAUUGCGAGAAAACAAUUGAGGGCGCUUGGAUACAAUGGUGAUUUUGCAUGCUAA